AUUUCAGAUCCGUGUGACUUUCUUUCUUCCUGGAACACAGCAGGUGAUGUUUAGUAACAUGGCACUGCUCUUUCAUGUAAGGCAACAGCAAAAGCACACAGCAAACAGGAACGGUCAAAAAGCACAACAAAACACCUUAUAUGACUAUAUGUGCACUAUAUUUCAAGUCUCAUGAAGUAGUUAUACGGAAUUUAACAUGCUCUCAAAUCUUACUUGCUCUGCUGCAUUUUUAAACUUGAGCAAUUAUGACGCAUUUGACAUCAUUUGACAUCAUUAACAUGAAAGUCUGCACAACAUAUCUUGUGUCCAUGUUAAAUAUAUGCUCGCAUUGAAUAGAAAGAUCAGCGUGAACAGUAUUCAAAACAUCUUUCUUUGUGUUACACAUGAAGUCACACAGAUUUGGAUUGACAUGAGGCUUGAAAUGCUGUUGAUGGGUGUUUACCUGGAUUGCUUCUGCUGAUCAGUCCAAUGCUUAGUUUCCUAUGGGGGUGGUUACUACUAUGGACCCAGAUUCGGCCCAGCAACCGCAGGGCAAGUUGGGUAAUGGUGGCCAUGCGCUAAUAGGGGCCAAUCUGGGUGCUCGGGGAAAGCACUACGUGUGCGGCUCACUUGCUGCGUUCACCAACAUCAUCGUGACCUUUCCUAUUCAGAAAGUGUUGUUCCGGCAGCAGCUUCACGGGGUCCGAGUGACCGAAGCCGUCCGCCAGUUGCAGAGGGAAGGGUUGAGACAUCUCUACCGAGGGCUCCUGCCUCCACUGCUGCAGAAAACCACCACCGUGGCCAUCAUGUUCGGCCUGUAUGAGGAUUUUUCCCGGUUGCUUUUGCAUUAUGCCCACAGAAGUGGUGCGCCUGAGCUUGUUACGCGGAGCGUUGCUGCCGCGCUGGCCGGGACGGCUGAGGCUGCUCUUACGCCGUUCGAAAGGGUGCAAACACUGCUUCAGGAUCACAGGCACAACGGGCGUUUCAAUAACACCGCCCACACCUUCCGGACUCUCCUGCGGGACUAUGGUGUGAGGGAGUGCUACCGCGGGCUGGUCCCGGUUUUGUUGCGAAACGGGCCUAGUAACAUUCUGUUCUUUGGCUUGCGUGGGCCAAUUAAGCAGCAGCUGCCUGAUGCCCGAACCCGUAUGGGUCACAUGGCCAAUGACUUUGUGUGCGGCGGGCUGCUGGGGGCAGCGCUGGGUAUCAUGUUCUACCCUCUGAAUGUGGUCAAAUCUCGAGCUCAGGCUCAAGUCGGGGGCAAGUUCGUUCCUUGCCAUCAAGUGCUGAUGACGGUGUGGCGGGAACGCGGCGGCAGCAUCGUGCUGCUCUUCCGCGGAGCGACGCUCAACUACCACCGAUCUCUUCUGUCGUGGGGGAUCAUCAAUGCAACUUACGAGCUUCUCCUGAAAGUUUUCUGAAGACUGGGGGUGGAUGGCGGAGUGCACUUUUUCUGAAGUAAGCCAAAUUGUUUUUUUUUUUUUUUUUUUUCCUCUUUUAAAAGAGGUCUGGACACUGCCAGCUCCCAUAGUGCACUUAACAUCUGCACUUUAAGGGAUAGUUCACCCAAAAAUGAAAUUCUGUCAUCAUUUAUUCACCCUCAUGUCAUUCUAAAGCUUUCUUUUUUCUGUGGAACAUGAAAGAAGAUAUUUUAUUGUUUCUGGUCCCAUUGACUACCUAGUAAGUCAUACAGGUUUGAGGGUGAGUAAAUGAUGACAGAAUUUCCAUUUUUAUGUGGACUGUUCCUUUUGCAUCUGCACUUAAUGAUCUGUACAUCCAUGUGCUGAUAACUACAUAUAAAGUCCACCCAUAUUACUUGGCUACUAUAAGUGUUGUGAAAUAUAUCGCCACAUGUCCUGGUUCUCAUAUCAGUUUUUUAGUGGCUCUUUUACUCACUUUUUGGGGGUCUGUGGAACACGGAUGGAGAAAGCACAGAGUUGCACUACUGACAGUACAUUUCUUCUACUUUUCUGUAGUUUUGUUUAAAAUACCUGAUGCACAAACUCUGAACUGGAGCAUUACAAGCCAUGUGUCAUUGUAAGUGUUACGUGCAGGUUGAUCGAUGGUUCGUAAAUGGGUGUGACUUGUGGACCACACAAAGCGAGAGACGUCUGUACAAGCCCAUGAUGCUAGUGUUUUUGCCAAUCAGUAAAAGUCCUGAUGAAUUCAAAGAUGUGAUCAUUUUCAUGAAAUGCUAUUUUUAUGUAACCAGUGUUUUGUGACAUGAAUGACAUUUUCACAUUGUUGUGGGUGGAAAGUAAACAAGUAAUUCCA